ACCUCUCCAUCACUUUUCUUCACACUACCAAACUAAAAAUCUCAUCUUACAUUCAUACUAAAUUAUUUCACAUCUUCUCAAGAGUAAACAAAAAUGGACAAGGAAGACGUUAGCGCAAAAGCUGGUUCGGUAGCUCAGAGCAGCGGUUUAAGCAGUGGCACUGCUCCUGGUCCAGGGAAUAUGGUUGCGCCCGGUUUGGGUGGUUCCGCUCACAUCCCUAGAGAUGCUUUUGAAGCGAAUCCGAAAGCUUAUUUUGACAAUCUCCACGCCAAGGAGAAGGCAAAUAAGUGAAAGAUAAAGUGUUCUAAUAGUUCUUAAAACAUAAACACUUGUUUGUUUAUGCCCCCUACUAAGAAACAUUAUCUAUAAAUAAAUGAGAAUUAUCUCUCUUUUAUGAUU